GGCCUCCCUGUCCCCGCAGGCUCCCUCAACACCAUAGCCACCAAGAUCCAGGACAACGUUGUAGUGGGUCACGACGAGGCGGGACGCGCCGUGCACUUCAAGCACCCCGCCUUCCAGACCGCCGCCAUGUUCCUGGGCGAGGCGCUGUGCCUGGUUCCCUUUGCGCUGCGGCGCUGGUACAAGGCAGCCACGCGCGCCACGCCGCUGAGCGCGGAGGAGGCGGCGGCGCGCGACCACCGCCUGCGCCGCUCCUUUGCCGUGUUCAGCCUGCCCGCGAUGUGCGACGCGGCGGCCACCACCCUGCUCAACCUGGGCCUCUUCUACACGUACGCCUCGGUGUUCCAGAUGCUGCGCGGCACGCUGGUCAUCUUCGCCGGCAUGCUCACCAUCCUGCUGCUGCACCGCCGCCUCCACUCCCACCACUGGCUGGGCAUCGUGCUGAUCGGCGCGGGGGCGGCGCUGGUGGGCGCCUCCUCGCUUCUCGCCCAACAGCCUCUCCCGCAUCCCUCCCUCACCCCCACCCCCACUCACCACACCCCGCAGCUGCUGGCUGCCACCCAGUUCAUCGUUGAGGAGAAGUACUUGGUGAAGUACCGCGCCCCCGUACUGCUGGCGGUGGGCAUGGAGGGCUUCUGGGGCGUGGCCCUCUGCACCCUGGCGCUGCCCGCGCUGCAGCUCAUCCCGGGGCCGGGGGGGCGCCCGCUGGACAGCGUGGCUGACGCCUGGGCGGAGGUGCGUCGCGACGCCACGCUGCAGUGGACCACCGCCGCCACCGUCGUCUCCAUCGCCUUUUUCAACUUCUUCGGAGUGAGCGUGACCAAGAGCCUGAGCGGCGCGGCGCGCGCCACCAUCGACGCCUGCCGCACCCUCUUCAUCUGGCUGUUUGCGCUGCGCAUGGGCUGGGAGCACUUCCACAUGCUGCAG